GGAUGAGAGCGCCGCUCUAGCCCGCGCGCGUCGUUGGUGCGGCCUCUCCGGCUCCGAAGCGGGGAAGCGGCGCCUGCGAGCUCGUCGAGGCCGGUUGCCGCUGUUGCCUGUGGGCCUCCCCACCCCUUACCCCCGAGCGCCUCGCCAUGUCCGCCAGCGCCGUCUACGUGCUGGACCUCAAAGGGAAGGUGAGCCUCCCUGGGCAGGAGCAGUCUACCCGCCUCCGCCUGACAGGAAAAAGCGGGGGGGGGAGGGGCCGGGGAGGGGGGGUCCCUUGAGUGGGGGGGGGUCCAGUGGGCCUUCCCCCCCCAAGGGAUGAGCAGAGGAAAAGGGAAUAAUAAUAAUCAUAAUAAUAAUAAUAAUUAUACCCUGCUGAUCUGGUUGGGUUUCCCCAGCCACCCUACAAAACACUAAAAUACAAAAACCUAUUAAACGUUAAAAGCUUCCCUGAUCAGGGCUGCCUUCAGAUGUCUUCUAAAAGUCUGGUAGUUGUUUAUUUCCUUGACAUCUGACGGGAGGGCGCCACCACUGAGAAGGCCCUCUGCCUGGUUCCCUGUAGCCUCACUUCUUGCAAUGAGGGAACCGCCAGAAGGCCCUCGGAUCUGGACCUCAGUGUCCGGGCUGGACGAUGGGGGUGGAGGCGCUCCCUCAGGUAUACUUUACCGAGGAAUGGAGCCUCCCUAGCCAAAAGCAGCCCACCUGGCUAGGACUCAGAAGGCAGCCCUGUCACGUCUGAAAGGCUUGACGUUUGGUUACUUUUUUAUGUAUAUACAUAAGCCACCCAGAGUGACAGAUGACAGAUGGGCGGGUUGAAAUGAUAAAAUUAGGAUGAUACGGGGUCGGAAGCUGCCCCAGGGUGGCUGGGGUAUAAAUUAUAAUAAAAUAGUAUCAAUAUUAUAAUAUCAGUACAGUGGUACCUCGGGUUACAGACGCUUCAGGUUACAUACGCUUCAGGUUACAGACUACGCUAACCCAGAAAUAGUGCUUCAGGUUAAGAACUUUGCUUCAGGAUAAGAUCAGAAAUCGUGCUCUGGCAGCACGGCAGCAGCAGGAGGCCCCAUUAGCUAAAGUGGUGCUUCAGGUUAAGAACAGUUUCAGGUUAAGAACGGACCUCCAGAACGAAUUAAGUACUUAACCCGAGGUACCACUGUAAUGGCACCCACCAGAUGUCAAAGAGAAAAACAGCUACCAGACUUUUAGAAGACAUCUGAAGGCAGCCCUGUUCAGGGAAGCUUUUAAUGUGUGAUAGAUUAUUGUAUUUUAAUAUUCUGUUGGAAGCCACCUAGAGUGGCUGGGGAAACCCAGCCAGAUGGGCGGGGUAUAAAUAAAGAAAUAAUAAUUAGAGACCAGGGAGUUAGCUGGAUGGGGUACCAGUGCUAGUAUGGAUACUAAUACUAAUUAUUAUUUUUAUUAUUGACAACCAGUCAUCCAGCUGGGGGUAUGAAUACUAAUAUUAAUUAUUAUUAUUAUUAGAGACCAGGGAGCUAGCUGGGUGAGGAGCAGAUCCCCACCUCCCCUCCCAGAGAAACGUCCUUUUGCAAAAGGAGCACCGCAGCCUGCAGAUUUCUGGCUCUGGCUCCUUCCCAAAGCAGGAAGCCAGUGGUUUCCUUCUGGGCCUCGGACGUAGGUGCGGGGGUGGUGCUUCUGGAGGGGACGGUUCCUGGGUGUGACGGAACAGUGGCAACGUCUUGCUUUAGACUUCCGUUUCAGCUGCUAAAGAUUCUCUCUUUUUCCUCUCUCUCUCUGCCCCAAACCACCCCACACGCUCCUGCCGAUUCCAGGUCCUCAUCUGCAGAAAUUACCGCGGAGAUGUGGACAUGUCAGAAGUCGAGCAUUUCAUGCCGAUCCUCAUGGAGAAGGAAGAAGAAGGGACUCUGUCUCCCAUCCUGGCCCACGGAGGCGUCCGAUUUAUGUGGAUCAAACACAACAACUUAUAUCGUAUCCUUUGCCAAAGCAAAACAUGCAUUUCCAAGUUCUUCUGCUUGGAGGGCUGCUUCACGAUACAAGGCAGAUGGUUGCUAUGAAGGAGGUGGGCCUUCUCCGUGGCGGCCCCCACCUUCCCGAAUUCCCCUUUUUAUAAGAAUUCCAAGAUCCCAAAUAUAAAAUACCGUAUUUUUCCAUGUAGAACACCCCCCUACUUGUAGUAACUUGUAGUUACUUGUAUAUUUUGUGAGAUGUGUUGUACGAUAUAUACAUCAUUUUGAAGCGGCUUGUUUGUAUAUUUUGAAUGACUUAAUAACUGAUUACCAUAUUUUUCGCCCUAUGGGGCGCACUGGCCCAUAGGACGCACCUCAUUUUUUGGGGGAGGAAAUGAAUAAAAAAUUAUUCCCCCAGCCACGGGGCUGGGGUGGGGGAAGCCCGAGCUUCCCCCGACCCCAGCCCCCAGAACAGGCUGCUAUCCGCAAGCCUUGCGAGCCCGGAGGAACUCCCGCCGGGCGCGCAAGGGUUGCGGAUAGCUUCCUGAAACCUGGAGAGCGAGAGGGGUCGGUGCGCACUGACGCCUCUCGCUCUCCAGGCUUCAGCGAAAGCCUGCAUUCGCCCCCUAGGACGCACACACAUUUCCCCUUCAUUUUAGGAGGGGAAAAAGUGCGUCCUAUAGGGCAAAAAAUACGGUAUAUAUUCACUAACAGUUAUUAGCCGGCGUGCCGCAUUUGCAAGUUUGUAGAUUGUUAGCUUUUGCAACACAGAGGCUUGUAUUCAUUUAAAUCUAGCCAGUGCCAGGAAAAGGUCUGCUGUGCUUCAUCCCUGGUAGAUUUCACAUGGUUAAAUUUAGCAUUAUUAUCCGCCUUGUGGCGAUCGGUCAACAGGGAGGCAAGUUUGCAAAGCGAAGCGAAUAAAAUGUAAAAGAAAUACAGAGAACCGGCAACUUGAAAACCUGCAAAUGUGUUUAUUGAUGUGCCCCCCCCCCUUUUAAGUGACAAACUCCUCAACACAGCCCCCCCCCCCCAGUGGUUGCCACCUCUAAGAAGAACGCCUGCGUCUCUCUGGUGUUUUCGUUCCUCUACAAGGUCGUUCAGGUAAGUGUGACAAUUACUGUGUUCCUGCAGAUGUACUGAGUCAGAGAUGCUGAGGCCCUGAGGGUUUUCCCCCAUGUGGAUUUUGUCAUGCCCUUGGGCGAAGUAGCCUAAUACAGUGGUCCCUUGGUUCUCAACCUAAACACUGCAAACCCGGAAGUAGCUGCUCCGGUUGGCGAACUUCCUUCGGAAGCUGAAAGUGCUCCGUUUUGAGUGCCACACUUCCGUUUUGAGUGUUACACUGAGGUCUGUCUGUUUUUGCUAUUUAUUUUGCAUUUUUGCGGCUCUUUUUGUUUUGUUUUUGUGAUUGUGUGGAACCCAGUUCAGCUACUGAUUGAUUGAUUGAUUGUGUGACUGCACAAUCAGUACGUCGUUUAUUGCUUUCAUUUUAUGGAUCAGUGGUCUCGUUAGAUAGUAGAAUUCAUGUUGAACGGCUGUUUUAGGGGUUGUUUUUAAAAGUCUGGAACGGAUUGAUCCGUUUUGCAUGACUUUCUAUGGGAAAGCAUGCCUUGGUUUUGGAACGCUUUGGUUUUGGAACGGAAUUUCCGGAACGGAUUAAGUCUGAGAACCAAGAUACCACUGUACAGGAUUGAAUCAACGGCGCUGGAGGCAUCUGGGGAUGGUUGACAAAUGCAUUCCCCACCUUUCCAGCAUUAGCAGUUUCAAAGGUUGUGAACAACCUUUUUUUUAUUUGAGGAGACCUGCUACCUGCCACUUUAACACUUGGUCCUGGGUGACCUUGUGCUUUUUCUUGACCGUUUCAGGUGUUUUCCGAGUAUUUCAAAGAGCUGGAGGAAGAGAGCAUCCGAGACAACUUUGUGAUCAUUUACGAACUCUUAGACGAGCUGAUGGAUUUCGGAUACCCGCAGACCACAGACAGCAAGAUUUUACAAGAGUAAGUGUCUGGGCUGAAUCUUCGAGAGAAGCAGCCCGAGACUCAAAAUUGGCUGCUGAAAUCUUGGCAGGACAAGGAGAGAGUUGCUGCUGACGGGUGACGGGCCUUUCCUGCUGUGGCUCCCCGCUUGCAAAUGUCUGAGCUCAGGAGCUGCUGCUGUGUAGACUGAGUCUAGAGACACAAGUUGGGGUUUGAGGGAGAAGAGAUCGGUGGUGUUUACCUCUGUCUGGCCUGGUUGGACCAGGCUUAAAUCUCUUCAUCAUUUUCCAGCUAGAUGGGGAAUUGUUUUAAGCAUGUCUCUGGGGCGGAAAGGUGCAGAGCGUUGCGUUUUGACUUCCUGCCUGUGUUUUCGGAAAGGUACAUAACCCAAGAAGGUCACAAGCUGGAAACGGGAGCGCCGCGCCCCCCGGCCACCGUUACCAAUGCCGUGUCUUGGCGUUCGGAAGGGAUCAAGUACCGGAAAAACGAGGUCUUCCUGGACGUCAUCGAAUCGGUGAACCUCCUGGUGAGCACGCUUUUCUACUUAACCAGCUUUCGGAGGAAGGUCCCUUAGGCUUGUAGGGCGUGGACCCAUUGCGCUGGGGGCAGCGUUACAAGAGGGCCCUCCCCGGGAGGACGUGCAAACCCCACGGCCUGCACAAAGAUGACCAGAGUCCACUGCCCUCAGCUCCAUCGCCAAAUCUCCCUCCCUUCUAAGAACAGUGUUUGAAAUUAGGCACCAUCACUAUCGUCUGCUUGACGACCAAGAGAAGAUGCCUGCAACCUGGCCUGUUUUUGCAUGCUUAACGCCCCCCUCCUGUAGAAUUCUGCCCGCUAUAUUUUGGCUGCAGCGCCGGGAUCAAUUCCGGGAAGCGAAAUGCUUUUCCUGCGCAGCCUGAGCUUGCAAGUCCGAUAAUGUCAACCGCGAGAUGGUUGAAGGACGCGGAAACCCUCCGAUCCGGUGGCCUGGAAGCUACCCACUUGACCUCCGCGUCUUGGGGUGGGGGCUGGAGAGCUUCCUCGCGUCUGUUCUUGCCUCCGCACACUCACUUGAUCUGUCUAUACCCCUCGGCCGUUGUCUGAGCCGUCGUCAUCAGCCGGCAGGCCUCAAAAAGUGGCCUCCUGCGGCUGGUCGGUGCCUUGUCGGUCCUUGUCCAGUGACCCCCCUCCCUCCCGUCCCAGGUGAGCGCCAACGGGAACGUUCUGCGCAGCGAGAUCGUGGGCUCCAUCAAAAUGAGGGUUUUCCUCUCCGGGAUGCCAGAGCUCCGCCUGGGCUUAAACGACAAAGUCCUCUUCGACAACACUGGCCGUGAGUAUGUCUGCGGCGGCUCCCAAAACGUUUCGGGCUCUUUCCUUGCCUCUUUGAAGAACUCGCCCAUUGCGCGGUGAGAGAUGGGUCAGGCUAGGGGCGUCUUUUCAACUCCAGGGGUGCCUUAGUUCUCAAACACAGAAAACCCGGAAGUGAGUGUUCUGGUUUUCGAACGUUUUUUGGAAGCCGAACGUCCGCUGCGGCUGUUGGCUCUUGUUUCCGGGGCGCCUGCACCAGUCAGUAGCCGCAUCUUGGUUUUCCAAACAUUUCAGAAGUCAAACGGAUUUCCGGAAUGGAUUAAGUUUGGCGCUUUUGUUUUUGCUCUUUAUUUUGCGUUUUUGUUUCUCAGACUUUUUCGGUUCAUUUGUUUUUGUGACUUUGCGGAAACCAAUUCAGUUACCGAUUGAUUAGUUGUGUGACUGCGGAAAUGGAUAAAAGCCCCCCAUCCAAACAAUGACCGUCAUCAGUGCGGGGAAGAAAAAAAUAACAAUUUUAAUUGCUUUCAUCUACAAUACUGUCUUCUUUAUUUUAUAGUACAGUACGUUGUUUAUUGCUUUCAUUUUAUGGAUCAAUGGUCUCGAUAGAUAGUAAAAUUCACGUUAAAUGGCUGUUUUAGGGGUUGUUUUUAAAAGUCUUGAACGGAUUGAUCCAUUUUGCAUGACUUUCUAUGGGAAAGCAGUGCGCCUUGGUUUUGGAACGGAUUUCCGGAAUGGAUUAAGUUUGAGAACCAAGGGGGGUGUUUGUGCGUGUGAGUAGGAAAACAGAUUCUCCCUUGCAUUUGCAGGGCCACUUGUCUCUCCGUAGCCUCCCUCCUUAUUCCCAAAUCAUCGCCAGUUCUCCUUCCUGGACAGUUAGGGCCAUGUCAGGGCAAAAUAACAGCAGGCUCUUUUCAUUUUAAUCUUCUUCUUCUUCUCCUUCUUCUUCUUCUUCUCCCACCAGGAGGCAAAAGCAAAUCUGUGGAACUGGAGGAUGUGAAGUUCCACCAGUGCGUCCGUCUCUCUCGCUUCGAAAACGACAGGACUAUUUCGUUCAUCCCGCCCGAUGGGGAGUUUGAGCUCAUGUCUUAUCGCCUGAACACUCACGUGAGUCUGCAUUGAUCCGAGGGCAGGAGCAAACCCCCUCCUUAUGCCUCCUCGCCCCCCCCCUUUCUGUUGCUUUCUUCUUCCCUUCAGUCUAGCCUGGUGUUUUCCAAACUUGGGUCUCCAGCUUCUUUGGGACAACAGUUUGGCCCAGUAUACCUGAAGAAGCGUCUCCACCCCCAUUGUUCAGCCCGGAAACCAGGGUCCAUCUCCUGAGGGCCCCAUGGUGGUUCCCUCCCUGGAAGAAGUGAGGUUACAGGGAACCAGGCAGAGGGUCUUCUCAGUGGUGGCGCCCACCCUGUGGAACGCCCUCCUGCCAGAUGUCAAGGAGAUAAACAACGAUCUGACUUUUAGUAGACAUCUGAAGGCAGCCCUAUUUAGGGAAGCUUUUAAUGUCUGAUGUUUUAUUGUGCUUUUAAUAUUCUGUUGGGAGCCGCCCGGAGUGGCUGGGGAAGCCCAGCCAGAUGGGCAGCGUAUAAAUAAUAAAUUCUUAUUGUUAUUAUUAUGCUAGACCUUCCAUGCAAAGUCUUCUCCCAAAUUAUUGGCUUGGUUGCCAGCCCAGAGAGUGACUCUCUUCUCCACAGCCACUGUGUCCGGGGGCUUUCCUGCUUUCCACUCGCAGUACCUAUCCUGACUCAGCAGGCUCCUGACACCCCUUUUCUCUCUUCGCCCGCAGGUGAAACCCCUGAUCUGGAUCGAGUCGGUCAUAGAAAAGCAUUCCCACAGCCGCAUAGAGUAUAUGAUCAAGGUGAGCGGGACCCUCCCUCUGUUUCUUUUGGGGUGACUGGAAGCAGCGGCGUAGCGUGGGUUGUCAGCCCCUGGGGCAAGGCAAGUAAUUUGCGCCCCCUAACCUGCCGCCGCUGCCAGCUUCUUCUUGCUGCUGCCUGGUCUGGUCUGGUGUGGUUCUCUCCCGCGCUCAGCGCUGCGCUGGGCGGCCGCUGCACUGUCCCUCCCCCAGAUAGUCCCUCGCUCUCUCUCCGCACCGCACGCCUGGCACCCACCCCUCCACAGUGGGCGGCGACCCAGCGGCUCGGAUCGGAUUCACACAGCCAGCACUGCAGUGAGAGAGAGUGAGUGAGCCAGGUAGGGGCAGAGAGCUGCGAGUGCGAGCGCCCCCCCCCCCCAGAUGUUGCGGCCGGCACCCCCUGCACCCCCCACGCUACGCCACUGACUGGAAGUCACAACAGAAGCUCUGUUGUAAUAAUUCAAUUCACCCUUUGUAAGUUGCAUUACUCUUUGGGUUUUUUUUGGUUGGCAGUAAUUUUUCUUUCCGAAACUAAUAAAGCAAUAUGGGGGAUGGGGAGGACAGACAAAAAACGAGACACCUGUUUCUCCUUUGUGCUGGUCUCUUUCUUAGGCCAAGAGCCAGUUCAAGCGCAGGUCGACAGCCAACAAUGUGGAGAUCCACAUCCCUGUCCCGAAUGACGCAGAUUCGCCAAAGUUCAAAACCACCGUUGGGAGCGUGAAGUGGGUGCCCGAGAACAGCGCCAUCGUCUGGUCGGUCAAGUCUUUCCCGGUAAGCCUGUCUGGGAUUUUGGGGUGCUGGGCUGGAUUUAGGUUUGAUGAGGCCCUCAGCUCCUGAAGGUAAUGGGGCCCUUUAUAUGUCUGGCUGUCCUUUGUCAACAACAAAUUGCCGCUGUUUUUGGUGUUGAAUGUAUGCUAUAUGGUCAUUGAUGGACCUAAUAGGUAUCUCAAGCCAUUUGCACAUGUUGCCCUGCAACAUGCAGUCCAUGCAGAAUGUAGGCACCCUAUAUAUAGAAAGGAGCAAACCAGGGGUAUUUUAGGGCAUAGCUGUCAACUUUCCCCUUUUCUUGCGAGGAAUCCUAUUCGGAACAAGGGAAUUUCCCUUUAAAAAAGGGAAAAGUUGACAGCUAUGUUUUAGGGAGCAGGCUAGCAGGCGGGGCCCUUGACUUACCUCCUAGGAGCCCACACAACACAAAACACUCUUGCUGGAUGUAGGUUUUAUUUUAUUUGUUUUUUAUCUCAUAUUUUGGAAAUGGCCAUCCAGUUUUUUCCCCUUUAAUUUUUUUGUGGCCUCCAAGAGAGUGGGGCCCUAAGCUAUAGCUUAUUUAGCUUAGACGUAAAUAUGGCACUGUUGGGGUGUCUGGAAAGAGGGGAACCCCUGACCCCAGAGAGAAGAUCUAGUCGGUUUGGGGAUCUGACUGUGGCCACUUUUGGAACAGCGGCUCCAGCCCUCGCUUGGCCCCCAUUUAGCACCUCUGAAUGUUGCGAGACACUUGUGGGAGAGCUGAGAGUUUGUUUGGGCCCUGGGUGAGAACCUGGAGGCCAAGAUGGAGGGCAUGACAGAAGGCAGAUGAACUGAUACUAAUUUUUAUAUAUACUGUAUAUACAGUGGUGCCUCAGAAGUCGAACGGAAUCCAUUCUGUUCGACUUCCAAAACAUUUGAGAAACCAGGCGCGGCUUCCAAUUGGCUGCAGGGAGCUCUAGCCGUGGAACCUGUGUCGGAUGUUUGAGUUUGCCUUGCUCGACUGGGAACAGGGAAUUCUGAGGAUCUUGUGGUCAGGAAGGAAGGGAGAAGGCAGCCUUCCCAGCCUAGCCUGGCUCUCCCCAUCCUCUGAGGGGGCUUAUAAAUGGUUCCAGCAGAAUUCAGGGAGGGGAGCUAUGAGCCCUGACUUUCUGCCUUUCCCCGCAGGGAGGGAAGGAGUACUUGAUGCGAGCUCAUUUUGGACUCCCCAGCGUGGAAGCAGAGGACAAAGAGGGGAAGCCACCCAUCAGCGUUAAGUUCGAAAUCCCGUAUUUCACCACUUCCGGCAUCCAGGUGAUAAGCUCUUGGCUGUUGGGGGGAUGGGACGGGGGGGGGGCUGGGGUUGUCCGCUGCGAAGACGGGGGGGCUGGGCUGGACUAAGCAAGCCGACCCUCCAAUCCCGCAGUUUCUUACUUUGGCUGUCAUGCUCCCUAAUUCUACAAAGUUCUGUUAAUUUACGCAACCAUCAAUAGGAACGCUUUUACCUGGCGUAUAAUGAAGGCGCCAGGCGAACUUCCCUGGGGAGAGCAUUCCACAAACGGAGCCACUGCAGAGAAGGCCCCGCACUCGUGUUGCCACCAUAGCUGUCAAGCGUCCCUUAUUUGGUGGGAAACUCCCUUAUCCCAGCGCCAUGUCCCGCUGCUGUCCCUUAUCAAUGAUGUCCCUUCAAUUUCCCGGGUUUCAAAGGAAGCAGCUCCUCUCCCUCCCUCCCUGCCGGCCAGGGAGGAGGGAGGCUCCAACUGGGUUGCUUGGCUGCGUUGCUCACCCAAUAAGGAGUCUAAGAACGACUGGGGGGUGGAGCUUGCAUGCCUUGUGCCGAUCAAAUCGGCCGCCUUGCCUGGGGACUCGCCUUUGCUCAGCGCUUCCCAGCGGAGAGGUGACGGUGCUUUCCCUUGCUGCAUCCCCUUUGCCGGGUUGCUGCGCUGUGGGAACCACCGCUUGAGGCUUCGUUUGGCUGCUGGCUGGGCUUUCUGCCUUUGGCUCGGAAGGGCUCAGAAUUUGAACAUACCUGUGCUUGGAAAAUCCCUUAUUUUGGCUGCUGGUCCCUUAUUUUCGAGGCUGCUGGUCUCUUAUUAUCAAAUCUGUAAGUUGACAGCUAUAGUUGCCAUCCUCUGCAGCUCUUGAGGAGGCGCACGAAGGAGGGCCUCGGAAGACGAUCUCAGGGUCCAGGUAGGUUCAUAUGGAGAGAGGAAGUGACUCGCUCUGCUUUUCUCCCUCCCUGCGCAGGUACGCUACUUGAAGAUAAUUGAGAAGAGCGGCUACCAGGCCCUGCCUUGGGUCCGCUACAUCACUCAGAACGGAGGUAGGUGGAGAGGCGCAUGUUCUUCCCCCUCCUGGCUCCUGGAAAAGGGGUAGUGGUCUGGGGCGGGGCUUGCCUUGUUGAUGUUGCAAAUGCAUGUGUGAACAGCAGCGGGGAACAGGAGGGUCUGGGUUUGCGAAGCAGCAGGAGUAGGGGCUCAACUUACAGUAAUGUGAUAAUAAAUGAAAAGAUUUAAGGAUGUUAAUGUUUAAGUUAAAUUUAUAAGAACUUUGAUUUGGAAAACGGUUAAAAGGAUGUACAUUGAAAUUCAACCAAGGGGAAGUGAGGAAGUCACUUAGCAAUGUUAAUAAGUGUAAUUUUAAUAAGGUUAUGAUUUAUGUUUGUUUGUUCAUUUGUUUGUUUGCUUAUAAUUUUGUGAAAAUCAUUUUUAAAAAUUUGGAAUAAAAUAUGAUAAUGUGUUAAUAAUUUAUUAUUUAUACCCCGCCCAUCCGGCUGGGUUUCAGUUUUGCCAUUUUGGCAUAACCCAACAGUUUAAUUUGCCAUUCUUCUCUGGCAAGUUUUCCAAAUUUUUAAACAAAUUAACAACAAAUCAAUUUGGAUUCAGCACCAGUUUAAAAAUGGACUUCUCGCCUUGCCUCCCUCCCUCCUUUGCUCCUCUCAGUAAAACACUUCCUCCUAGUUUCUAAACGUCUCCCGUCCUUUCCUGUUCCUCUGCCCUAGAUUAUCAACUCCGGACACAGUGAGGGCCGUCUGAACAGCCACGACCGAGGAAACGGCGCAUCUUCCAGUUCAGAAACGCGUUUGGUGCUCGGAAGGUGGUUCUCGGGGGGUGGGGAAGGUUUGGCCGGCUGGAAGCGGGACCCAGCCUGAGUCCCCAAUCCGGCAGCCUUCGGCACCGACCUUGUGAAUGUGUGUGUGUUUCUCUUGUUCAGUGUUAAUCACGUUAGGAGUUAGCUGUUGCCCUGAGAUAGAGCCGACCUCAGGAAAAACCUGGCCAGUCUUAUUUCCGCGCUUCAGAAGCCUGAGCGUUUAUGAUCCGCUUUCCGGAGCUGCUUCCGAGUAUUAGCCAAGCCCUUCUUGCCAGACAAACCCUUGCUUGACCUCUGCGGACGCCCCUCAAAGCCCCCACACUUAUUAGCGCAGGCCUGUUUUGCCGACAUUCGGAACGGAGACUCCGGACGACGCAUCGCUCACAGAAAACCUGCUCUCUCUCUCUCCUUCCCAUGAAGGCAGGGAAUUCAGAGCGGGUGGACUGAGCAAAUUUACACCAAUUCUGGAGCCGAGGGGGAAGAACCGAUUUCUGCAGUUUUCACAAGCAGCAGCCGAGCUGGAAAAUCCAUGCCUGGAUCACGCCGGGCUGCUCCUUCGUGGCAGAAAAGUCCCUGCAUCUGGAAAAUUAGCCUCAUUUUCGCGUGCGAGGAAGCUUCCUCUCCAUGUUUUGCCAUGAUGUCUGACGCUGCUUUUGAAAAGACAGCAAUUGGGUCUCCCAGCAGAAGAAAACAUGUGCACAGUGUUCUUGUGAGUGUCUGGCUUCAAACGGUGUGUGUAGAAAAUUGGAUGGAUGUCGAUGCUUUUCUUCCUCUUCCUGCUCCUCCUCAAGCUCCACCUGCUCCUGAGCAAUUUGCCUUUACUCAGUGACCAGUCGGGCUUUGCUGUUUAGGAAGCACAUCUCCCCCCCCUCCCCAUGUCAGUGUUCCCUUUCUGUCUUUCGUUCCGCCUCCUUCCCUUCCCUGGAACUCUGGCUCGAAACGUCUGCAGUGCCGGUAAUCCAGUGUUCAAGUCUGCCUUUCCCAAGAGUAAACAAAGCCAAGAUUGGGAUCUCCUCGCCUUCCUUUAGGCAGCUUUAAAGGGCCCUGCUGGAGCCACAGGAAAAGAUCCAUUGUGGCUCUUGCUGCGGAAACGGGGACCCCCCGUGGUUGCGUGUAAAGGUUUUCUUCGACAUUUUGGCUCGGGGUGACGUUUGGGGCCGGGUUAGCGCUACCUGCUGAAGCCAGGUUGAAGACACGGGACCACCGCCACCCCCUUCUCGCCCCCAGCCGUCGGAACCACCACCAAGCAAGCAAACCACCGUUCCUGCCGAAGAGGCCAUUGUUCACUUGUUGCCGAAAAGUCUGUUUCAAAUAAAUUGAGCUUCUGUUGAUCAGUAUUUGAGCUGGAAA